CUCAUGUCGUAAUGUACCUGACAUAAGAACAUCGUCUUUUUCAACUUUUUCCCUUAUCCAGCAAUUGGUGAUCUGCUUUCUUCGGUUUUGCGGAAGAGAAAAAGAAUAAGAAAAAAGUGGGCUAUUGCUUUUGAAACAAGACGCAAACCCUGCGGCCUUAUGCUAGAACUGACAUAGUCUUCGUUCGACGCUGAAUCGAAUCAACCCACCUACCUCGCCUCCCUGUUCGUCGUCCGCUUCGCCGUCGCAACCCUGAUGACUCCCAAAUCAGCACCCCGGAGACGCCAAACUCUGCGAGACUCGCAUGCCGCCGCUGCGGAAAAGAAAGACAAUGCUGCCAUGACUCCCAAGGUGAUUAAUGUCAACGAGAAGGCUCAGCUACAUGGCAUUUCCCCUGACCAGCGACCUGCCUAUCUGAGGGCCAUGGGCAUCGCCGGCCGCAUUUUCAUCGAGACGAUCCCGCAAUGGCUGGCCGUGGGGGCGAUGCUGGGUCUGAUAUUUGGUGGAUGUUGUUCGAAUGUCUUUGCGCUCGAGGCUAUCAUCAAGGUGGAACCAGCUAGCGGGACGCUGUUGACCUUUGUACAAUUCCUAUUUGUGGCCAUUACUGGAUACAUCUCCCAAUUCGACUCGACUCGCCCGCCGUUCUUCCUCGCACCGAACCGGGUGCCGAUCCGCCGCUGGCUCAUAAACAUUGUUCUCUUCUUCAGCAUCAAUGUUCUGAAUAACCAUGCUUUCAGCUACGAUAUCUCAGUUCCUGUACAUAUCAUUCUGCGGUCUGGGGGCAGCAUCACGACUAUGAUCGCCGGUAGUCUAUGGGGGAAGCGAUAUGUGCGCAUUCAAGUCAUUGCCGUCCUCCUGCUGACGACGGGUGUCAUCACGGCAGCUUGGUCUGAUGCGCAAUCCAAGGGAAGCGAGGGAUCGCACGAGUCGGCGCCAAGCUUCAGCACUGGGCUCGUCAUACUGUUCGUUGCGCAGGUGCUAUCGGCCAUUAUGGGCUUGUACACGGAAGAGACCUACAAGACGUACGGCCCGCACUGGAAGGAGAACCUGUUCUACUCGCAUCUGCUGUCGCUGCCGCUCUUCCUGCCCUUCACCAUGUCGCUCAUCAGGCAGUUCGUGCAACUCGCCCGCAGUCCGCCUCUCACUUUGCCUACCUUUGUGGAGCAGAUGGAUCUCCCCAACGUGGCCGAUGCGGUCCGCGACAACAUCAAGCAGAUAUAUAUUCCCAGCCAGGUCGUCUAUUUGGCGCUCAAUGUGCUCACGCAGUAUGCUUGUAUCCGCGGAGUCAAUCUGCUGGCCGCAGUGUCUUCGGCGCUAACCGUUACCAUUGUGCUCAAUAUACGGAAGCUCGUUAGUUUGUUGCUCAGCAUUUGGCUAUUCGGGAAUAAGUUGGCUACGGGGACGUUGAUCGGAGCCUUGAUAGUGUUUGGUAGUGGUGGACUGUACAGUCUGGGUUCUUCCCCCAAGACGCGCUCGCCCCCUGUUAGGCAUAGGGUGUCUGGUGAGACUAAGGUGGGCUAGCUCCAACGGGGCGGUUGAUGAACCAGCCAAUACACGUAAAUACUCGUGGUGAAUAGGUACUUAUUAAGUACAAUUGUCUAUCAAGUC